AAUGCUAAGCCAGGAAAACUCCCUGUGUUAAUAGAUGGAGCAAGAUCUUUAACUGAGGUGAGAAGUUUCGCUAAACAGAAACUCAAGGUGCUAAAUCGGUGGUUUAGUUGAUUAUAACAGGUACUGAUCAAGCCAGAAGUUAGGUUCACAGUUCUCCAAAGGCUAUCUCGUAAACAGCCUAGUGUGGUCCUGGUGCUCGAACAUGGAUUGACAGCGAGGAGGUGGGGAAAUGUUGGUGUUAAAACCAGCAACAAGGCCAUAAGAAUCAAUUUCAUCAAACUGCAGUAAGAACUGGCGAAUGCUUUGGAUUCCAUUUAGGGACCUAUUUUUGGAAGCUAAGGAAAAAGUCACACAUCGGGGUGAUAAGGAGGAGCCUCCGUAAGACCGACAGAGGGCGGGGCCGCCGGGAGGUCUUUCAACCAAGCUUUGACCGGGAGAUCGGAAGCCCCACCUACCCGCCCUCCAUUGGCUCCAUUGCCGGAAGGCCCGGGCAUGUUCCAUGUCAAUCACACCAAAGCUGUUUGUCUAUUGAAGGCCGCACCUGUCAAUCAGGGUCAGCAGGUGUGGUUGCCGCUGGGUGACUGAAGCACGCAGCAGGGCUUGUCGAGAUAACAGAAUGCCAACAGAAGGAGAUCCAACUAACCUAGUCAAAACAGCCCAUCUGAUUAUACUGUCUACCUCCUGGGGUAUGCAGAUUUGGGUCUCGUUCAUAUCGGGUUUUGUUCUGAUUAACAGUGUUAGCAGACAUACGUUUGGCUUGGUUCAAGGCAGUCUGUUUCCUUACUAUCUCUACUCUGUCCUCGGAGGCUCAUUCCUCAAUCUGGCUCUCUAUGCCUUGUAUCACCCACAUGAGUUACUCAACAAUGAUGAAACUGUUCAGAUAACAUCCUUUUUCGUCUGUGUGAUCUUCUCCGCACUCAAUGCCCAGUGGUUCGGUCAGACAACAUCAGAAAUUAUGUUUAAGAUGCAUGAGAUUGAGAAGGAACACCACAUGGGGCAGGAGAUUGGGUUUGGGACUAACCGAGAGCCCUACAAAAGGUUGAAGAAGAAGGACCCCAAAUACCUGAGACUCUGCCGGAGCUUUGUGAAGUACCAUGUACUGUCCAUGGUAUGUAACCUGAUCUGUGUUAUUUGCAAUGGAGUCAAUCUGUUCUACACUGCAACCAAUCUGAAGACUUUCUAGAAAAUCUCUGCUAUCUUCCUCUGUGUCUGCCGAGAACUUUCUUUCGGAAUUUUGAGAUAUCUUGGACAUUGUAAUCUCUGUAUGUAAUUUCCAUUUUGAUCGUUGUGUUUAAAUAUUUCAAUUACUGUUCAGCAACAGGAAACAGCUCCAUUUCUAAAAGCUUCAAAGUCUGAGGAGCAUAGUGGCAAAGCACAUUGUCCUUCAAGCUCUGAGUACAAGUGAAAGCCUCUGUUGGCAUCAGUGCCUUGUGUGGUAUAUGGGGUGGGUUUGGGACAUUUUGGCUCCAUGUCAGUGUAACUCUACAACACAAAACCCCUGGUCAAUAUUGUGUGAAAUUGACAAUCACACUUGGUGAAAUGGUAACAUACACUGCGGCACUCUGUGGGGAACCUUUACUGGAUCUUGUUGUGGAAUUCCCAUUUUCUAUUUUUAUGUGAGCUGUGACUAGAUUCACUUACUUCAACCCUGCUCUGAAGCUGGUUGUGGUCAGUGCUGAGGGGCAAAGUGAAGCAGAUAGGUAUCACUCUGUUCCUCCGGAAACGGUCCUGGGAUCCAGCAGCAGCAGGAGAACGUGUGCAGGCAAUGGAAAGAUCAUGAUGUGCAAUGGAGUUGCCGUGAAUAUACCUGAUUGGGAUGUUGCAGAAGGCAAUUACUUUGAAUGUAAAUCCACUGCACCGUUCCUGGAACUGCUUGAUACAAGUUAGAAAAACUAAACUGAUUUCUGUUCCUAGGCCCCCAGGCUUCUGUGUUUGUCAGCACAGAACAAAUUAGUUCACAGUCACAGUAUCUGAUGAAUACAGGAAGGUGGAACUUUCCAUGUCCAACAACAAAAUAAGUGAGCGCUGGAAAUCUGAAAUAUAAACAGAAAGUGUCAGAAGAACUCAGAGACAGAACUAAUGUCCCAGGUCAUAACCUUACAUCGAAACUGGGAAAGUUUCUGAAAUGGGGCAGCUGGGGAAAAAAAGCAAGUUGUGUUGUGAAAGAAUAGGGAGCAGGAUAGAUUCAGUGUCAAGAGUUAUUAUUGAUGGGCUGAAGUAUUGGGAAGUAUUGGGACUGGGACAUGUAAAUAAACAAAGGAGUGUCCACAGGGCACGAAACUGGCUGACUGAUAGCAUACAGUCUGGAGUAAAGAUUGUCAUCGGGUUUCCAGGGGUCCAUCCUGGGUCUCUUGCUUUUCCUCAUUUUUAAAAAUGAUCUAGAUCUUGGUGUACAGGUGACACAAAAUUUGAGACCACAUUGAGAUUGGGUAAUGCAGCUUUGCAGAAGCCCUCUGUUUAUCAAACAUCACCAUAAGCAUGACCAUUCCGGUGGCCUGUCCUUUUAAUCCUGAUACCAAUAUCUCUAUUGGCGACCUCCUAUGUGUUUUCAAUGAGGCUGAGGAAUGAGCACCUCAUGUUCCCAGUCAGCACUGUACUGCCUUCUGGACUCAAUACUAAGAUGCUAACAAUUCAAAUCAGAAUCCCUGUCCCCAAUUUGUUUCCUUUCUUUCCAUUUUAAUUGUAAUUGUGUUUUUGCUUUUGGAUUGCAGUUACUCAUCAUUCUGCCAUUCACACCUCCUCUGGACAUACUUUUAGUUCCUUUUCCAUUCCCAUUGGCUCUGUACUUGUCACCUGGUGUCUCCCAUCUUCUGCCCAUGUCACAAAUGUUUCCCUUGAUUCUUUUGCACUCAUCUCAUCUGCAUAGCAGCAAUAAUUUUUCUAACAGUUCCUAGUUCUUUGAAUAGGUCACUGACCUGAAAUGUUAAUUCUGUUAUUCUACAUAAAUGCUGCCAGACCUGCUGAGUAUUUCCAUCAUUGCUUUCCUGAAUAUGUUCUACAGGAGCUGAUAUUCUGGGUGACUGUGAGUGAUGUGAUCACACCAAACUAAAGUGCUGGGUCAGUAACCAACCUACAAACACAAUGUGUUCUCUCAUCUGAGGAGCCACCUUUGAUACAAUAAUUAAUACAAAAGUCUAAUUAAACAAAGAGAUUAUCUAA